AUGGAAGCUGCGAAAGUGAUUGCAAAAGAUCUUGGGUUCUUUUUGACACAUUCAUCAACCAAAUCAAAUGAUGGCGAGAUGUACUCCCGAAUAUAUCUUCACUGCCAUCGUGGAUAUAAGAACAAUACAAAUGUCCCAGAUCCGGAUAAGAAAGGACGAUCCAACACAAAGUCACUUAAAGAUGGUUGUCGUUUUCGAGUGAGACUGGUGGGACUCCCGGAGGAUAAGACUUGGAUGAUUGAUGGUGUGAAGGACAAUCACAAUCCGGGACAAUUUUGUGGGUUUCACAACCAUGCAUUAGAGCUUUAUCCCGAAGGCCACACUCAGAGGAAUGCUUUUACUAAUGAAGAGCUAAAGGAUAUGAAGGAGAUGGAAUGGGCACGUGUUGCUCCUCGAAAAAUGAUGCAAACUAUCAACCAAAAGUAUGGUACUCACCAUAACAAACGACAAUUUUACAACAUGACAGCAAAUAUAAGGAUUGAGAGAUUGAGUGGCAUGACCCCUUCGGAUUGGACGUUACACCAUGCGAGAGAGAUGGGGUACUACAUUGGCUACAAGCGUGAUGAUGGUCACCCUCGACGGCUCUACCUCCUUCAACUUCUUCUUUCCUCUUGUAUCCACCAUUUUCUACCUAUUAAAAUUUGA